AGUUCCGAUGGCGCGCGGCGCUCUGGGAAGGUGAAGCGGUUAAGGUCGGUUCCGCCGCCGGUUCGUCUGAUUCUCUUUAGUGUUUGCCGUGUGUCGGCAGCGGGAAGCGGCUCCUCUUUCCUGCUUCGGGGGCGAAUGGAUUGAUUCGUUUCUUCAGAAAUUCGGCUUCAAAUUCGCUUUUUUGAAGAAAGGAGAUAGAUCCUGCUACUGCAUAUUUCUGAUCUUAACCAGCACCUCUGUGAAAUCUUCCUGUAAACCUAAUCUUCUUAAAGUUUGAGUUGGAAGUGUGAAAUGUCUCAGAUUCAGGUUCAUAACUCAUCCUCCAGUCUAUCGCAACCUCUUAUGGGUAGCACUGUUGGCCAGAGCAUUCCUUCUGGUAUAGGUCCCCUACCAUCAGAAAGUGCUAGCAGGCCCAUUCAAAGCUUAGCUUUACCUUCCAUGUCUGCCACUUCCGCCACCGCAGCUGCAGUUCCUUCAAACAUGGCAAACCCCAAAGAGAAAACCCCUAUGUGUCUUGUGAAUGAGUUAGCCCGUUUCAACAAGAUUCAGCCAGAAUACAAACUUUUAAAUGAACUUGGUCCAGCUCAUGCCAAGAAAAUACAAUUUUUUGAAGAGAAACCCCCGGACCCUUAUAAUAUCCGGGUUUUUACGGUGCAGCUGACACUUGGUGACCAGCACUGGGAAGCUGAAGGAAGCAGCAUUAAGAAGGCUCAGCAUGCAGCAGCCGCAAAGGCCUUAGUGGAAACCAGUCUCCCAAAACCACCACCUCGUCCCCCACGUAAUGAUUCAAAAAAUCCUGACAGUGUUACUCCAACAGUAGAACUGAAUGCCUUGUGUAUGAAAAUGGGGAAAAAACCGACCUACAGACCAAUUGAUCCUUAUCCUGGGCUAAGGCCGAGCUACAAUAUGCUGAGAAAUAAUGCUUACCCUCAAAGGUACUUCUACCCUUUCCCUCCUGUUGGACCAGUCACUUACCAAGUUGAACUUGUAAUUGGAAAUCAGCAAUUCCAGGGAAAAGGAAGAUCAAGGCAGGCUGCUAAACAUGAUGCAGCUGCUAAAGCACUCAAAGCCUUGCAAAAUGAAACCCUGCCAUCCAAGUUACCAACUGUUAAUGGAAAAGAACCAGAUGAUGAUGAUCUCAAUAAAUCUGAAAUAAGCCAAGUUUUUGAGAUUGCACUGAAAAGAAACAUGCCUGUGAACUUUGAAGUAAUAAAAGAAAGUGGCCCUCCUCACAUGAAAAGUUUUGUAACAAAAGUAAUGGUUGGAGAAUUUUCAGCUGAAGGAGAAGGGAAGAGUAAGAAAAUUUCCAAGAAAGCUGCUGCAAUAGCUGUUCUGGAAGAACUGAAGAAACUUCCACAGCUUCCGACAGUAGAAAAAGUGAAACCACGCAUAAAAAAGAAAACUAAAUCAAUAGUAAAGCUACAGACAAGUCCAGAGUAUGGGCAAGGAAUGAAUCCAAUCAGCCGUCUAGCUCAAAUUCAGCAAGCAAAAAAAGAAAAGGAGCCUGAAUAUACAUUAAUGGUAGAACGAGGCCUUCCUCGCCUCAGAGAGUUUGUUAUGCGGGUUAAAGUUGGUGGUCAAGUAGGAGAGGGAAUGGGCCCAAAUAAGAAAGUUGCCAAGCGAAAUGCAGCUGAGAAAAUGUUGGAGCUUUUGGGUUUUAAAGUUCCUCAACCUCAGCCACCCAAACCAGCUUUGAAAACUGAAGAAAAGCCAACAGUGAAAGAUCCUGUUAAAGGACGGAAAGUGACCUUUUUUGAGCCUGGAUCCUCUGUAGAAGAUGCAGCAACAGUUAAAGAUGGGAGCAUGCGUCUAGAAGAUGAGUUUCGAAUGCCUUAUCCCAGCCACCAGCAACUGCCUGCGGGAAUCCUUCCUAUGGUUCCUGAGGUAGCACAGGCUGUUGGUGUCAAUCAAGGGCAUCAUACCAAAGAUUUCAACAGGCCCGCAGCAAAUCCAGCCAUGGCCACUGUCACCGCAAUGAUAGCAAGAGAACUCCUAUAUGGCGGAACAUCCUUAACUGCAGAAACAAUUUUGAAAAAUAAUCCUGCGGCCCGCAAGCCACAAAGCACCCUUACCCGACCUUCCGAACAGUUGGACUUUUUGGCUAGUGUUCAAGGAUUACAGGUUGAAUAUAAAGAUUUUCCAAAAAACAAUAAAAAUGAGUAUGUCUCUCUGAUAAACUGUUCAUCCCAACCUCCUCUGAUCAGUCAUGGAAUUGGAAAAGAUGUUGAGUCCUGUCAUGAUAUGGCUGCUCUUAAUAUCUUAAAACUGUUGUCUGAGCUGGACCAACAAAAUGUAGAAAUACCAAGAACAGGAAAUGGACCAAUUGCUGUAUGUGUGAAACAAGAAAUUGAUGGCGACUCUCUCAUCAAACCGGCUAACUCAAACACUUUAGGACAAACACUGGAUGUCACUGACUGAAAGCCUUUUAUUGACCCAAAGCGCCAAGCACCAGAGAAAAUCGGAUGCUUCCUGUUCUGUGACAUGUAACUUAUGUUUUAGACAACUACAGUUUGAAUCUUGCUGUAGUAUCUAAAUCAUUAAGUUGCUUAACUUUUUAAAAUAGUAAUGCAUUUCAACAUUAAUUCAUUUUUUUUGAUGAAGGAAAUUUGUUCCUAAUGUUUCAUUGGAACCUUGUUCACACCAAUAUCCAGCAGCAAAAAGUUAGAAUUUCUGUUGAUGACUCUCCAAUAGUACAUUACAUGAUGAUUGAAAAAUUGCUUAACAAAAUCAGGGUCAUAUCCAAUGUAUGUAGUUCAUGAUUUGGUACCUGUCUGAAUUGGCCGUUAGUAACAUAAACCAUUUUGGUUUGACAAAACUUGGUGCUAGUUUAAAAAGUAGCGUGCCUGCAUUUUCAUAAUUGUAUAUCCGAAAGAAGCAAGUUGAAACUCAAUUUAGAGUUUGUUUCGAUAAGUUAUAAAGACUGCCUCUUUUUUUUCACCCUUUAAAGAUGGUAUCAAGUAGCAUGUUCAGUCUUCUAGGUUAAGUUUGUAUUUUUUAAUCUAAAGGGUUUUUUUUAAUUUGGUAAUUCUGAAGGACUUUGCUUUUUGUUUUUAUAUUAAACUUUGUUUAUAUAAAAAAUAAAUGAGUAAUUUUCAACAGUGCACAAGAAUUACAUUGUUGGAUAUGAUCUGUUACCUAGCUUAUACCAGAAAUUGCAGGUUACUGUAAAUCUUGGUGUAGGGUAAAAUGUAAGAUGUUGUGUUGUACUUUAUUAAUGCUUUGAUGUAAUGUUCCAUGUGAUGUACACAAAGUGUGUACAGUAAACAUUUUGCUUAUUGUCCAAGUAAAGCACGAAACCCUUGCCAACUAAGUCAAAACUUUGUUACUUUACUUUUGGACUUUUUUUUUCCUUCCCAUGUACUGUACCUAUGGAAUGGAGAAGUAAAAAUUGGUGUUUGUGCAAAA